AUUAUGGAUUCUUCCAUAUUCACGAGCGUUUUGUUAGUCAUCCAAGCCAGGCUAGGACUGCGGUAGUCGGUAUUGAUAGUAACACUCUGGAUUCUUGCUGCCCUUGGACGGUGUACAACCAUUCUAGCUCCUAAUAUUUUACCUUUUGGCUUAGUGUUCUUUGCACCACGAUUUGGCUGCAAAGAUGGAUGUUUUGCCAAGCGGUGGGAUUUUCAAAGAAUUACAGUUGGUUCACGAUACUGGCUACUUUUCUGCUUCAAGCUCGCUGGAAGAAGACUGGCAUAUCAAUUGCUUGGAAAUGGAAAGAUACUUGAAAUCGGAGCCAUGUAGGUCACCGAAGGUCAAAGAACCCGAAAAUCCAUGGAAUAGAUUCUUAAUGAGAUGCACAGAUAUCGACCAAUCAGCAAGUAGCUCAGAUUCUGAAAUAAAUGACAGCAAGUUUGAUACAAUUAGCCUUAGUUCUAGUUCCAGUAGUAUUUCAUGGGAUAGUUCAGGUGAACUUUCACCUCUACCCUCAGCUUCUUCUGUAAGCUCUGACCCUUUUAAAGCAGAAUUUAAGGCCUUUAGUUUAGUGGAGAAUAGUUUAACACCGCCAUCUUCACCGGAGCUUAGGAAAACGAUUUUACCAGUAGCUGUUCCUAUAACUGCAUUAACUGUGAACGUGGUGAAUUCUGCUGCCGGAGUGCUGAAUCCCGGCUUCCGAAUGCCUUCUCGAGGAAGGACUAUUUCACAACCCCGUACUUUUACAAAGAAAACUGAGUCAUCACAAGAUGAUGAUAAAAGACGUAUCCACAAGUGUCCCUUUAAUGGAUGUCGGAAAGUUUACACUAAAAGCUCUCAUCUGAAAGCCCACCAGCGCACACAUACAGGUGAAAAACCAUACAAGUGCUCAUGGGAAGGCUGUGAGUGGCGAUUUGCACGUUCUGAUGAACUGACGCGCCACUAUCGUAAACAUACCGGUGCUAAGCCGUUUAAGUGCAAUCAUUGCGAUCGUUGCUUCUCGCGAUCUGACCAUCUGGCUCUGCACAUGAAACGUCACUUGUGAGGGAAUCAUGCAUCCGCAGAACUUUUCUUGCAAAACAGGAUCUGAAACUUCUUGGAGCAUGCGACGCUAUGAGACGUAUGGAAUUAUAUCUUGACAGUAAUGCGUGUUUGAUAUCAAUGAGAUAAGCAUUUGAUAUCAUUGGAACAUAUUUCUAACAUCAUGCAGAAAGAAGUGGUAUGAUGGAAGUCAUAGUAACAAAGCAGUAUAUUGGUUUGAAGGAUUACAGUAAAUGUUCUUGGUUGUGAGUAUCCUGAUGCCAAGAUUGGAUGCUUUACUAGAGUCCUAUCAGUGUUUGCUUUGGUAUUCUGGACUAUAGCUGGAUAAGUUAGGGUGGAAUUUGGUUUUUCUUAAAAAUACAGUUAUAGUAUGUUAGGGCAAGGAAAAUCUAUCUCGCAUUAGUCCGACUGCAAAAUUUUGAUGUGGAACACAUCAAUAAACUUGCAACCAACAAGGUCAAAGGUUAUUGAAGCACUGUGUGCUGGAUAUGCUGUCUUGAAACCUAAAUGCUUUUUAAACUUGUCUGUGAGGCAAAAACAUUUCUCCUAAAUUUACCAGAAGAAAGCUUGACAAAAUUUGAUCCUCUAAGCCUUUCUGCAAAUCUGAGUAUAGUAGUUCACAGCAAAAGCACAUACAGUAACUGAAUGUAAAGGUAUGGAUGAUGUGUUCAAUCAAUCAGAACAUAGUUCUGGUUAACCUUUUGAACUGGUGAUGAAGUAGUUUGUAAACCAAAGACAGAUUUUAAGCCAACAAAUAAUACCAAUUAAGCUCCAGGAAUUUUGGAGUAAAUUUGGUGCACUUGUUAAACUUGGCCCAUUCCAGCAACAAAGCCAUUGGUAAUUAAAGAAAAAAGAUUAAGCAAUUAGAUGUAAUGUUAAGGUGAAUUAAGGCAUACUAUACCCCUGGAAACUCUUAGUUUCACAUUAGUAUAUGGACUCCACGCUGCCUCUAUUUUUAUAACACUUAUUAAUACUUGCCAAUUUCAUUGAUACAUCCUAUUAUUGUUAACAUUAUCAUAUCAUUAUCAUUAUUAUUGAUAUUAUUGUUAUAUUGCUAUCAUCGUAGGGUUUGUAGGAUGGACGGUAUUGUACUGUAGUUACAGUAAUUAAGUGCAUAUACUAUUUUAAGCAUAUAAUUAAGUAUAUAUAGCUAAUAAAUAUUGAUUACUAAGGUGUACUGUAGUAAUGUAAAUGUAAAUUGGAUCCAAAGAUAAACGGUUAACCAUAUUCGGUGACGACCUUGAUACUCAAAAAUAUGAAAGGUCACAAAGGUCAACUCGAGGUCAACUUUGCGUAUGAAUAGCAUACUAGUUAAGUCUGCUGAAAAAAGUUAUUAAAAAAGUAUUAUUAUAUUAUUAUUAUUAUUAUUAAAUGUUGAAAUUAGUAAAGUCCAUAUGAUAUGAGACUUUCUUCCUAUAUGGAUUUUUAAAACAAGUGGCCAGUUUUUAGUGUCUGUCCAUUGCCUAUUGAGAAAUCAGCUAUUUGAACCGGUUCUCGACUAAUAACUGUCCCUUAUAGUGGACUAUUCAUGUCUUGGACCCAUGACGAUGCUUAUAAUCAAGGGCUCACAAAUUGACAUUUUUCAUUGCAUUCGAUGAGUAAAUACAGUUUAGUACUAUCCUAUCAAAAUUAUGGAGAAAAGUUUCAAUAUGCUUGUGAAAUUUUGCCUUGUAGUCUAACUAGUAAUUUGAAAUUGUAUGGUUCCUUCUUGUCGUUUCUGAAAAUCUUGGUAAAAGUGUUUCCAAUUGUAGCAGAGUGCCGAUGUGUAUCCAAAUUUUGUCCUAAAACUUCAAAAGUAUAUCCUAAAGUGUUGUGUAUGUGUAUGUACAGUACUGUACAGUAUGUGCGUAUUCCACAUGUGACAUGAAGUGUCAAAAUUCUUUGUGACAACCUAAUUGCAUGUACCGGUAGUAAUUAUCUAUAUGUUUAGAAAAUCUUUCAAAUUGUUGUCUAUGAUAAAAUAAAACUUGAAUUUUUAUUUGAUAUAGUCAGACCAUGGCUUGCACAAAAGGAUGUCUUCAGAUUCUGACAUAUCAAAGAAGUUGAUAAUGUUAUUUUACUUUCAAUGCAAUUAAAGAUGUGCAGAAUAUCAUAAUCAUUAUAAAUAUAUUAAUUGAACAUGUCUAACACAGGAAAGGAAAAAUUACAUUUCUUUGCAUUCAUUCUGAAUCUGCCAACUAAGAAAUGCAUUCAUUUUAUUUAUUUUCGUUUCUCACCUUUCAUUAUGCAAAUUUAUUUAUGUUGUUUGGCUUGUUUUCAAUGCCUUUGUCUAGAAACUAAAUUCAAAUGUCCAACAUAUAAAAAUAUACUAACUGCAAUCCAAAAAGCUAAUAUGAAAAAAAUAUAUUUUUAAGAAUCUUUUUUCCAAAAGCUAAAAGAAAUGAAUGCAAGACUUUCAUUUUUGGACUUAAUAAUCGCUCGUUAUACCAUUCUUAGUAAUAUACAUGCAAAUGUCAUUUUUUCGGACUGAAAAAAAAUUAAAUUUUUUUUAUGUAAUGAGGAAUAAAUUUCAUAUGAUAUACAUAUAUAAUAUAUAUAAUGUGGUAUAUAUACGAGUAAGCUUUUUUUAAUGAUAUUGAUUUAAAUAUCAAGCACCAACAUUUUAAAAAGUAUACAAAUUUUCUUAUUUUUACUGGUUAGAUAGAAUGAGGUUCAGGAGUGAGGAUAUAAUAAUUGUAAUGGGAAUAAUUAAUCAGAAUUAAUCAAUUGACAUAUACUGUAAUACAUUACUGAUGAUAUGUGUUGUUUUUGGAAUAUUGAUAAAGAGCAUUGUAGCAGAUGUUUUUAUAAUUUGGCAAGAAUAUUCUAGCUAAGGAUGGCAUUUGCUGCCUUUGCUUGUCAGCUUGGCCAUGUAAGCUAUAAAUUGUAUUUUACUAUGUAUUACAAAUUAUACAAUAUUUUAUUAUAUGCCAUUUUGACUGAUAAAUGUUAAACUUUCAUAAGAUUCCAUACAAUGGCUCUACUUGAUAUAGCUUAAGAUUUUUAGUCAUAAACAUGUUUACCAUUUAUGUUGAGUUAAAUGUCAACAAAAUAUUAGAUAACAGGCAUUAAGAAGUAUGUGAUGGCUGCAUUUUUUAUACUGUAGACAAUUUUUUCCACUGGCAUUUAUCAGGAUUUAAAUUUUAAAAGAGAUAAUAUUGCACAGCAUGAAAAACAGGUCAUCGUUUUCACGUACCUGCUUUAAUGUUGUCAAGGUACCUCUCAUAAUGCAACAUACUUGUCCAUGACUGUGAGUCAGUUUGCUAGAUGCAGGUAGGUCUAACCUACUAUUAUAGCAAUGUUUAUUAAAAUGCUUCACUUCUCUCAACGUCAUGUGUAAAAUUAAUUUGCAAAAUAGAAAUACUUUUUGAACUUGUUAUUUUUUCAGUAAUUUGAAUACCAAAAUUUGAAAAACUACUACUUUUAUUAGUAAAUAACUAAAUUAUACAAUACUGUGUUUGUAUUUGGUACUCAUACCACAUUUAGCAUUAAUUUACGUACCCUUAAACACGAUUUCCAUACAAUCGCUACACGCUAUUACUGACAGCUUUCGUUGAAGCUGAUUGGUGAUUGGUCGGUCGAAUCAGGGAGCCUUCUCGAUUGCAUCGGGUACUGCUACGAAAACACUGUAGCGUCAGUGUAGCGAUUUUAAGGAAGCCAGGCAUUCUAGUUGGUACUAUCACUUAGUCCUAUAUCAAAAUUGUUUUUUUUUUGUUUGCAUCAUGAUCAUUGAAUAUAUACAGUACUCAUCAAAUGAUUUGCCUGCCCCUGGAAAAAAAACCUGCAAAAACUACACCAUAUUUUACAGUUUUCUAUCAGAGCUCCACAACCCAUAUUUUUGUAUUUUUUAUUAUUGGUUUAUGUUGGAAAAAUAUUUAUUCUAUGUUGAGCUAUAAUUCCAGGAUGAAUGCAGCUAUUAUCCUAGAGUUACAUUUGUAGUGCAUUUAUCAGUUUUAUGUAAAAUGUUUCUGUCAUAGAAAAUUCAUUAAUAUACGUACAAUACAGUCUAGAUUUAGUAUGAUUUAAGAAUAUUUUUUGAUAAUCAUAUGAAAUUUUAAGAUUAUCUGUGUAGACAAUUAUAUAAUUUACUGAUAUUUAUAAAUUCCAUAUAUAAGAGGGUAAAGGACAAAAUGGUUAUGUGUAUUAUAUAUGUAAAUGUUUUUUGUCCUUAUUCAAAUGUAUUUUUAUUUUUUAAUUUACCCCAACUCUAGCGAGAAUUGAUACUUGUCUUAGAGUCUGCGUUCUAUGUGUAUGACAACUCGUUUUGUAUAUCUCCCAAGUUGAACUAUGAAAUAUAUAUCAAAAUUAGUUUUAAAUGAUAGUACUGUGUUCCGAAUGGAAUUAAAAUUCAGGUUUAUAAUCCUGCUCGCUUACCAUAGCAGUAUGAUUAUACAGCUAUUCUUGUUAUUGUUAUGAAAAUCCGGUUAGCUCUUUUCAUGUGGAUGGUAUUUCCAUAUAUGGGCAUAUGUAUCUGCUGUUAGCUUCUUAAUUAGUCAGGCUGCAUUGGCUGUCAGCCAAUCAGCUCUCAUAAGGUUCUGUGCAUAUAUGUAUAUAUAUAUAUAUAUAUGUAUUUGAAUGACCUUUGUAGUGAAAGAGGUCAGUUGCUAAUUAAAAUCUUCAAAUGAAGAUGUUAAUAAAAUAUAGAUUUUUUUUUUCAUUAAUUUAGAGAAAAGUUCAUUCUAAAAAAUGCAUGAACAUUAUUUUUUUGGUAACCAAAAUUUUCUAUUCAAAAAUUUGCACUAAUUAUGAAUUAUUUUAUAUCUAAUUAUUUUACACUAAUUUUAAUUUUUAAAAAGGCACAUCCGUCUUCAUCUAUUGUAUAUGUAUAU